AUUUAUGCAUUUUUAUAUAAUUCAUUAGCUUAUAUAUAUUACUUUCCUAACGAUUACUAAAUAUAACCGGUUAACUUUACAUUGCACUUUUGAUCAAACAAACGACGCAGAAAAAGUGAAACUUCCUUGAUUCUCCGAUCUUUCCAGUAGCACAAAUACUAUUUGUUUAAACAAUUAUAAGCAUACGUUUUAAAUGCGAGCAUUGAGAGAGCGGAGAGGCCAAGAAAAUUCGUCAUAUACUUUGUUGUUUGUUCGCUAUCGGACUUUUUCACACAUUGUCCGAGUUUCAGAGAACCCCGAACCUCGGCCUAAAGUGAAAAUUAUCAAAAUUUAAUGUGGCGUCCGCUCUGGAUCUGCAGUCAUUCGUGUCGCGGGCUUCCAACGGAGCAGAUCGAAAGUUACGGCUACUGAUUGCGGACUGUGGACUACGGGUGAAAGGAUUACGAGAAAAAGGAUUACGCGAAAAGGAUACGCGAUGAGGCAGUUACUAGUUUACGCGUUAAUUUCGGGCUUGUUUUACUUUUCCGAAGGCAAACCGUGCCCUGAAAAGACACGCCCCCACAAAACCCGCUGCGACGCGUUCUACAAGUGCCGCGAACUGCCAUCCAGUUCGCAUGUGUGGAUUCCGGUGAGAUGCAACGAGGGACUGGUCUACGAAUCCACUUUGGGCAGUUGCGUCCUCCCUGGCGAGGAUUGGGAAUGCAUCACUCCUAGCGAAAUGAGCUCAACCCAAGCGCCGGGCAGAACGGACUCCGACAUAUUAAUAGUCAACGAUAUGAAUGAGGCGGGUUUGCUGUUGAGUGAGAACAGCCACAAGGACGAUGGCACCGUGGAAAUUGUCCUAGACUCCGUCAUGAGCAGCGAGGAGGAUGAGGAGGCGGUGAGGAAUGGGCCACAUUCGGAGGAGGACAUCUCCUCCAGUCACAAUUUCGAUUCCAGUGGCGAUGGUGAGCUGGUGGAACUGGAUUCUCCAGCACCAAAGCCCGAGAAUCGCGAGGAAAUGGCUGCCGUCAAUAGUAUGGAGCACAGAACCGAGGUUGAGAAACUAAAAACCGAACUCAAACAGGUGGCUGGCAUUAGUGAGAUAGCCAAGCCAGGAUCGCCCAUCGAUCCCAAUUUGACAGCUCAUCUGCAGAGAUUAUCGCAAUUGAUUGAUGGAUUGCAACAGACUUAUCAGAAAACCGAUAAACCCCAGGCGGAAAUGCGUCCAGAUCAGUUGAAUGCCUUCCUGGCACACUUUGACAUUAAAAAUAGGUACGAAAUGAUGAACCCCAUGGAGCAGACUACUCAAAUAACUACCAGUACUACCACCACAGAAGAACCCAAAACUACCCCUAAAUUACCAGAACCCAAUUUGAAUAAGAGUCGACUGCAGGAGCACUUAAGUCAUCAUCGCCUGCAGCCAGAAACCAAGCUAAUGCUCUCCAAUAGUCUGCCAUACUCCACACAUGGCAGUACUGGCCAGGGUUAUGCCAACUCACAGAUUGUGGUGAAUCGUCCCGAGGGUUCGGUGAUGUUUGCCCUGCCCUCCGGAUACGGAAUGAGUCAGGAACAGGCUGGUGGCAAUGCCUAUGCCAACCACCAUCCCGUUCAAAGUCACGAGUACAGCGAUCACGAACCCAAGAUAUCAGAGGACACUUUAAAGACAGUUCUUGAGCUGUCCAAGCAGAUGAUAGCUGCCCAAAACCUGCCCAAAGUGCUGCCCAAUCCGGGAUUUAAUGGUGCCUAUUAUCAGCCCAUUUUGCAGCCUGUUUUUGUUUCGCCCCAAGGCAAUCCCUUUCAGCAGUACUAUGGCAUGCCACCUCCAUUAAAUCCACACUAUAUGCAGAACAAAAAGCACUCUUCUGGAGGAAGUUCAUCGGGAUAUAAUAAACCCAGCACUACUAUCAUACACAACAAUGUGAUACCUGUGCAUUUAUCCAGCACGAACUCGGGGGAAAAGGAGGUUCUGGACACAUAUGGCAACAGUUUGGGGGUAUAUCCGAGUAUGGAUAAGCAUGUGACAUCCAAUCAAGAGUAUAUGACCACGGGUAGGCCAAUUUCGGUGACUACAACAGCUAGUACUUAUGGCUCGCAGUCUCCGUUUGCCAGCGAUUAUACCUUAACCACUCCAAGACCCUUUGAACAGCAACCCUCAGCCGCCACUGUGGCCACCUAUUACACACCAAGUCCCCAUUUGGGUGAGCACAAUGCCAAUAGGGUGUAUCAGCCCACAGAAAGCUAUCCCACCAUGAAUAUGCCCAGACCAAUGGACAUGUUCCCGGGACAAAUCGAUGCGGACAGGGUGAGCAUACGACCCAAUUCGCAGAAAAUCGAAAGCAUGGAGAUGGAUGAAGAUAUGAUUAAGGCCAACUAUGGCAGUGGGAAUGCCAAUGCGAAUGGGAAUGGGAAUGGGAAUGGGAAUGGGAACACUCUUCCUCACGUACUGACCUACAGCAGCGACAUGAGCCAGCAAUUAGCAUCUGGCAGUGGAUAUCUGGAGCAGAGUUAUAACCAUCAGCAGCACCAACAGCACCAGCAGCAGCAGCACCAUCAUCGUCAUCCAUAUAUGCCCAGGCCCACGAUGAGCAGUAGUAUCUAUAGUGAUACGGAUGGCCAUAUGGAGAUGAGCAUGUAUACCAGUAGUCCAAAUAUAAACCCUUUCAAAGCGGAGAACUUAAAGUACCCUGGGAGUAACUCCCCCAAUGGACAGCUGGUAAACUUCAAUGGCAACUUUAUCAGCCUGGAUGUGUUUCAGAAAUCCAUACUCCCACUGAUGACCAAGUCCUCCUCUGCUUUGAAUGAGCUGGGAAAUGUGGAGGUGAUCACGUGUCAGCCGGGCGUAAGGCAGCCCAAUCAAACGGACUGCACUCGCUACUUUGUGUGCAGCAAAAAGGAUGGCAAGGUCCUGUCCUACUCAUGUCCACCCUAUACAGGCUUCAAUAAGCAGACCAGGAUCUGCGAUGCCCCCACUUAUGCCCAGUGUGGUAAUGCGAUGCCUGCCUUCAAUGGCUAUACCAUAGAUAGUAAUAGAAGACUUCAGAUGGAGGCCAUCAAGAUGUUGAGUGAGGCCAAGAGAAGGCAAGAGGCGGCCUUGAAGGCCCAAAGUAUUGCCAAUCUGCUGCAGCAGUAUGGUAACAGUCAACAGCAGGUGGGAAAUGGCAUCUCCUCCAAUAUAGAAAAUGAUCCUGUGGACUCGUAUGCAAUUAAUCUUCCUGAAGUUAAUUUGGCCACCACCACCAGUAGACCCACCAUUAUUCAGAGCAAUCAAAAUCAGAAUAUUGGCUCAUCAGGUCCCGCAAAAAAGAGGAAAUACUACUGCAAGGAGGGCGACAAAAUCCCCGAUCAAACCUCCAUUUCCAGCUACUUCGUGUGCUACAAGAAUGCCCAGGGCCAGAUGAAGGGCCAUAAGAUGAGCUGCUCCAAGAGCCUGCUCUUCUGCCCCAAAACCCUCAUGUGCACCCUCGCCUCCAAGUGCACCGAUUAGCCGAUUAGCCGAUUAACCGAUUAACCUGUUAAAUUGUUGAGAAUUUUUCCACAUUUGCCACCUAAUGUUACUUAUGUCUAGUUGCUAAGUUAUUUAUGCUAGUUUUAGUUGAGACCGAAACGAGAUCCAUUAAACCACA